AUGUCCGCUUAUCAGCUGUUUCCGCAAGGAUCCUUGGGCCGCAACGGCCAAACGGCCUUGCACGUGGCAGCGUUGCAAGGACAUUUGGAGGUGGUCAAGGUGCUUUUGAGCACGCAGAGCUUUGAAGAGGAGGUUGAUCGUCGUGACAGGUGGGGUCGCACAGCCCUGCACUUGGCCGUGGAGCAACACCACAGCGAAGUUGCACGAAGUAUAGCGGAGCAUCCAGCCUUCAAUAGCUUUGAUGCCAAGAGCGCCUGGGGGCGAUCCGCCUUGGAUUUGGCCGACAGCAACAUGAAGGAUGACUUGACCGCUGCACAUCAAAGGAAGCUUGGAGCUUCCCAAGGAAGACGAAGGAACUUGGCGAAUUUGGGAAGUCCUUUGGAGAUCCUGAUGGUGGCGGAGAAGCCCUCCAUCGCAGCGACGCUCACCGAGGUCCACGAGUACCGUGGCAGCUUUAUGGGCCACUUGGACCUGGGUUCAUACUGCAGUCUGUUUCGUGUGACGGCGACCACUGGUCACGUCUACUCUCUGGAUUUUAGCCAGGACUGCCCAAUCCAGCGCGGUGAGGGUGAAAACAUUUGCUUCGAGGUGAUGGAAUUGGCAUUGCCUCAGAUGAUCCUUGUCAUGAUGGACUGCGCCUUUCCGCACGCGUAUCAUGGCAUGGUUUAUCGAGCCAGGCAAAUUCCAGGUUCGAUCGUUCAAGUGCAAGAUUGCAACGGGCUUUGGACCGUGGCAGUGGAAGAGCUUGCGUUUAGCUCCUUGGCUCCUCAGGACCUUCAGGCAGCAAUGACUCAGCUGGCGCAUCCUAAUCAAAACGAAGCGCAGUCAGUGGAUGCGCGCCAGGAGCUGGACUUGCGCGUGGGCAUCGCCUUUUCCAGGCUGCAGACCAUGUACUUCCGAAAGCACUUUGGCCACCAACUUGGAAAGCAAAUGGUCACGUACGGGCCCUGUCAAAUUCCCACUUUGUGGUUCUGCGUUCAUCGGCAUGUGCAAAUUGAAGCCUUUGUGCCAGAGCCCUACUGGCGCCUGGUAGCCACACUGCCAGCAGGGCAGACGAGCUUCCAAGCGCAUUGCCAAAUGGGGAAGAUCUGGCAGGAGAAUGAGGCCCGCGUCUUGCUGCAGCGAGCACGAGCCUCCGAGUCCGCGGUGGUCACGUCGCAACGAAGCUGGCUCAGCUCCUAUCGACGGCCACGGCCUUUGAAUACCGUGGAGAUGCUGAAAAUGGCCUCCCAGGUUUUAGGGCUGGGUCCUGACGAUGCCCUUCACGUAGCGGAAGCCUUGUACCUGAAAGGCAUUCUCUCAUAUCCGCGCACCGAGACAGACAAAUAUCCCGAGAACUUCGACCUGGAAGGAACGGUUCGCAGCAUGGCAGAACCCAACCUCCCAUGGGCGCAGUUCGCGCAGCAGCUGGCCACCUCUGGUUUGACCGCACCACGGGAGGAUGGUCAUGACGUCGGUGAUCAUCCACCCAUCACACCGGUGAAAUGUGCCAGUCGGAGCCAGUGUGGCUCUGACGCGCACUGGGCCCUUUACGAAGAGGUUUGUCGUCACUUCCUGGCCACCGUCUCCCCAGAUGCCACGCUACGAGAGGCGGAAGUGCAGCUGCAGCUGGGCGACGUCGCCUUCAGCGCCACCAGUGGACGGAUGACCUCCUUCGGCUGGGCGCGGGUGGCACGGGUGCAGCUCCAGGACACUGGUGCAGUGGAUCUCAGUGCUGGCUUUCAGCAAGGAGACGUGCUGAGACUUCAAGACGUCUCGCUGCGGCAGCACUUCACGGAGCCUCCGCAGCACUUGACCGAGAGCGAGCUCUUGGCCUUGAUGGACCAGCAUGGCAUUGGCACCGAUGCUUCAAUGGCCUCACAUGUGGGGAACGUCCAACGAAGGAAGUACGUCCAACUGGAUGAGCAGACCCGGCAGAUGAAGCCUUCUGAGCUGGGCUUGGCCCUGUGCCAUGCAUAUAUGCUCAUCGAUCCCGAGAUAGUGCUGCCUACAGUGCGCGCUUCCAUUGAAAAUGCCUGUGCACGAGUGGCCCGUGGUGAAGCACGGAAAGCCCAAGUGGUGGAGCAAAGCCUCCGGACCUUUAAGAACAAGUUCUUUGGCUUCGCCCGACAAAUUGAUCGGGUACCGUUAAUGCUUGCCGUGGCCCACAGCCUGCCACUUGGGCAGCGAUUUCAGGGGGUUGCUGUGGUGGAUGUGGGUGGUAUGGUGAUGUGAGAUCAAUGAGAUCUGGUGGAUUUGCGAUUUGCUGGGUGCAUAUUGCUUGCACGUACAGAGAGAUGCCAUGAUCGUAUAUUCACAAAGAAGAUGGAACAAGAAGUAACCGCGGGGGUGCAUUUGGACAUGGAGUUUGGUUGCAAAGAGCUUGGGUGCACUUUUGGAAGACGGUCUGCAAGUGCUUUCCUUUGAUCAUUGUAGCUGAACCAGCUUGAAAUAUCCCAAAGCCACAGCAGAAGCC